UCGGGAGGGACCAGAGCAGAAGCCAUGCUUGAAACAGGGAAUUGAUGGGAAAGGCCUGAGAGCAUUUUGUCCCUCUUCUGAGGCGUUUUAAGGAUGUCCCAGUUGAGGUAUAUGCCUGGAGCCUGUAACCUCACCUCUUAUAGAGGACCCUUUAUGCAGAGGCUGUGCAAGAGUGAAUUGUUUUGCUGGCAGCAGCAGUUUUGUUCCUGAAGGUGUGAAGAACACACAGCAAGUACAGGUUCUAUUGGUCAUUUUGGCCACAGCAUUGCUCUCCAGCACAACCUUUCCUGGGUCAGUACCAAAAUGGGUGGGAGCUGAGCGUAAAUUUCAUUUCAGUGAAUCUGACUUCUAGGGGGCUCUGAAACUAGGGACCAGGUGUCUUGUGUGAUCUAUUGCCUGUGUGAACAUGGGUGCAUCUGGAUUUUAACCUGAGGACUCACAGAGCUAUGUCUAAAGUUGUGCUUCUCACAACCUAGUUUCUUUCUAAUGCUACAAUUGCUUGUGAAACUGCACAAUUCAAAAGAGAAUCCUUAUUUAAAGCAUGAGAAGUAGAAUAUGCUCACCAUCAGCCUAUGCAGAGUCUAAAACUGUCCUUCAAGUGGGAGAAAGAGUGCAAAGAUAGUGCAGCAUGUUAUUGGCAUCAACACCAGCACUCUAAUUAUAGCAUCUGAAACAGACCUGCUGGGGCUCUCUGGGGUGGAUUCUGAGCUCUCAGUGCUGGGAGAGCUGCCUGAAGCCAUGGGCCAAGUGUGUAAACAGGAGAGGGGCAUGUUCACAACAUUUCCUGCUCAGGUGGUUGGUUGCUUGGUCUUAGCUGUGAGCUGCAUGGCUCUCUUUUUCUGCAGCAUAGACUUUGGGAAUCAGGUACCUGAGGAGAAUAUGAAAAUUAUAGGGGACAGACAUUUUAGCAGGGCCUGUUGUGAUAGGACAAAGGGUAAUGGUUUAAGCUAAAAGAGGGAUUAUCCAGACUAGAAAUAAGGAAGAAAGUUUUUAUGAUGGGCAUGGUGAGGUACUGGCACAGCUUCUGUUUGCUGAGCUGUGCCAAGAACUGGGGAUGAGUCUUGCUGGUAUGGGCUCUUUAGAUAAAGGACUCUGCUUCAAGGUCAGUAUACAAAUCUCUUCAUUUAAUAGCUUUGGAAGAAUUCACUGUGGCAUUAGCUGUUGCUUGUCCUACAUCUUUGUAAUGUACAUUAGUGCAUUCAAAUUGAGGAUGACUGAACAUCUGAAGCCAUCUGGGUUUGAAUGGCAGCUUACUCCUUCCUCUUCUCUCUUACUAAAGUACAGAUACAUAAUAAAAGCUAAUCACUUUGGUAUUUGAUUAAACUUGAACUAAAGAAAGAUGAGGUAAUGGUUGCUUUUUUCCAAAUGGGUUCAAUGUUUUCUACAACUUCUUGAUAUUUACUCUCUGCUUAGGAAUCUUGGUUGUUUCUCCUGGUUUUUCUUAGCCCUGGCUAACAGCUCCCCUUAUUUGCUGUGGCCUUACCUGGUAAAAGAUGCCAGUCAAAUCUUCAUUUUUUUGGUUAUACAGCUGUUCUGUUAUUGCUGUUCAGAAAGUGGCAGAAAAGACAGAAGAGCAAAGCAGGAGAGUAGAAAACAUUCUAUUUUUAGGACAAGACUGGCUUAUCUCGUAUUUAUCCUAGCUAGGGGGAUAAUGUUUCCAGAGAUCUUGCAUGGGUAAGAGCUGUAUAAGACUGAGUUAAAAUUAACUGCCUGGCAGUCUACAAGCAUGGAGCCUGCAAAAGAGCCACAGGAGCUGGGACCUCAGACAGAAAUGAUUGCAGACACAAUUCUUGAGGUUGGAGAGAGACUCUUCCAGGUCAGCCGUAGGAUACUUUCAGUACACAGUCGAUAUUUUGAAGCCAUGUUUUUUGGAGGAGCAAGAGAGAGCUCUGAACAGCACAUAGUGAUAAAAGGGAUUGAUGCAGUGCCUUUUCAAGCACUACUUGAUUUCACUCGCACAGCCCAAGUGCUCAUAGGUCAAGAAAAUGUGACCAGCUUACUGGAAACAGCUGAUUUUUUUCAGUUUGACAGGGUGAAACUGUUGUGUGAGAAAUUUCUGGAGAGAGAACUGCAUGUUUCCAACUGCCUAGGCCUGAUGACGUACUCACAGCAAUUUGCCUUUACAGAAUUAUAUAUGUCUGCUAUGAAUGUGGCUCUCACUCACUGGGGGGAUGUGAUAUGCCAGGAAGAAUUCAAGGCAUUACCCAAGGAAGUGCUGAUGCAGCUCCUGAAAAGUGAUGACCUCUUCAUUUCAAGAGAGGAUGUGGUUUUUGACAGUAUUAUGAUUUGGAUAAUGGAGGACCCAGCAACAAGAGAGGAAGAAUUUCUGGAUUUGGUGGGCGAAGUCAGGGUCACUUUUCUGAGUUUAUCCUUCCUUGAUAUCUUGGUGAAACACAGUAAGCAUGCUGGAGAGACAGAUAUCUUUUCCAGACUAAUAAAGAAGUUAGACAGCUGUCCCCCACCCAGCUGGCAAAAUCUGAAACUGUGUCCUUAUGCUGGUCGGAGCUAUGACACCUUAUAUGUCCUGGGAGGAAAGCAUGACAAGGAACAGCAAGAAUUAUUUCUCUUUCAGCCUAAAACAGGGACCUGGCAGGCUUGUUCUCCACUGCAGCGCAGGAACCUCACCCAGUAUGCAGUGGCAGCAGUAGGGAGCUUCCUUUUUGUGACAGGAGGGUAUUUCCGGGAUGAGUUUGUGUGGUACAGUGUGGAUUGGGUGCUUAUCUACAACUGCUUGGACAAUUGCUGGCUGGAAGGGCCAGCCAUGAAGAAGUCCCGCAAUAGCCACUGUGCAGUAGGAGUAGGGCUGUACCUGUAUGUUCUCGGAGGGAGCACAGAUGAGGGGAUAAUCCCAGCAGUGGAGCGUAUGGCUUUGAUGGAGUCAGAAUGGGAAAGCAUGAGUCCUAUGGCUCAGCCUGUGGAGAGAGGCGAUGCGGUCAGUGUGGGAACCAGGAUCUACGUGGUCUGUGGCCUGGAUGAGAAUGGACAUGUAUAUGAUGGAGUGCAAAGGCUGAACACGGAGACAGACAGCUGGGAUGUCAUCUCAUUCUCCCCUCUUCCAAGGUAUGACCUCUGCAUCACAUCCCUGAAUGGGGCUCUGUACACUGUAGGAGGGGGAGCUUUUAGAUUUGAUGUGGAGACAGAUGAAUGGACCCAGGUGAAUGAGGAAUGCUUGACCCAGAAGUUCUUCAUGGGAUGCAGCACUGUGAAUGGACAAAUUUAUCUCCUUGGACAGAGGAAGGGAAAUAGUGCCCUCCCCACUGUAGUCCUCUUUGAUCCCUACACUGAUGUGUGCCAGGUCAUAGAUGACAAACUCCCUUGCCCCCUUCCUAUCCAUGGCUGUGUCUCUGUGCGAAGAUUUGAUAUGCGGGCAUGAAUGGAAGCUUUAUAGCUGAGGGGAGUUAGAUUGCAUCAACUGUGGCCUGUGACAUUUUAAAACUUUUGUUCCUUUGUAAUUUUACUUUUUUUUUCUACUUGACAAAUGAACUUGAAGCAAGAGCCAGUGAAAACUUUGUCUACACAAAGGAUGCAGGUCAUUAUUGAAAAUGGUGAUUGGUAUUGUUAUGGUACAUAAACUCUUUAGGGUUGAUGCUCAAUAAAGGGCUGUUCUCACCUUUAA